UAUUGAAUAUAAUACUAAAAUGUACGCCUACAGGCCUAUUCCUAGCUCACUCUGGUAUAGAUGCUUCAUUCAACAAGGACCAAAUUUCAAAAACCCAAAAUUCUCCAAAAGAAGAGCCCAUUAAAGGUAAAAACAAGGCUUAGCACAAUGCUGCACUUAGAAGUGACCAAAAUAGUGCAGAAUUAUUUAGAGCCCUUCAGAAGCCAGAUCUCCACCCUUGAGACUAAAGUUAUAACCCUCCAGGCUAAACUAGACAAAGGCCGGAAGCUCAACGAUGAUUCUUGGACAAAGGAGAGAAAUAAUGAAUCCCAAAUUAUGGAUCCAGAAUGGAAGAGCAAAAGUGCCCGUAACAAUCUACAUAGAGUCAGAAACAGGAGCGCUACUUCGAAGCUGGGAAAUAUCUCAAGGACUUCAGAUAAACUUGACCAACAAGACACUAUAAAUCUGCUGAAGUCUCACCUCAAAGGGAAUUUGAACGAUGCUAAAAAGAUCACUAACUUAAACUCUUCUGCCUUAGAAGCCUAUAGGGCAAAAAGAAGGACACUCAGGGCUUCAAAGGAGUUUCCUAGGAAUCAAGAGCCAGGAUCUGUAAAGAUAUCACUAAAUGAAAUCCCAAUAAUGCAUACGCAAAGCAAGAUCAGCCUUGAGGAUAGGAAAGGAGUGCCUCAGAGCAAAAGAAUAUUCCUGACCUAUCGACAAUCUCCAAUCAAGCCAGUCUCUCUUAACAAGCCUUCUUUUAGUAUUGGAAUAAAGGACCUCAAAAGAAGUGUAACAAUGAUGCGCAAGGAAUCUCUCAAUGAUAAAUAAUGGGACUCAGUCCCCGGAAACUUUCUUUACUGCAACUCUGAAUGAUUCACAAGAAGAGGAGACAUGUCAGUGAGAAGGAGGUUUCUCAACUCCUCCGAAGGCUUAUUGCAAUCAGUUUUGUAAAUAUCUAUCACCUGAUCAGCAACUUAAAAUAAUAGCGACAGAGAGCACUUGUAAAAAUGAAGAUUCUCUUGAAGGAGAAUACGCUAUAAACUCAGAAUGGUGGCGAGCCUGGUGAGACUACGUCAAUAUAGAAUUUCAGCAGGCCUUCACUAUAUCCAUACCUGAUACCAAAGAGUGCCAAUCUUCAAGGAAAAGACUGACAGAGUUAUUUGUACCUGCAGAGAGAAAAGCAGUUCUGGGCUCAAACCAAAACGAGCUAGUUUCAUUUAUCAGCUCAAGCAACAAUGGAGGAAGAAGCUCAUGUAGUACAGUUUUUGGCCUCUAAAAAGCUCUGUAUAGAUGGGACAGCCAAAGAGAUGCAUACCACAAACCUUCUGUGUCAUGAAGAGCUUUAUCAAAGACCAGGUAAAAUCAACAACAAGCCAAUUUGCGAUAAAAGGAUUGACGGGGAUAUCCUACUAUGUGAAAAUUUACAAGAAGUCCAUGACUAUGUAAGGGUAAACCAAGCUGCCUGGAGAUACUUAAAAUCUUGGUACGGCUGCGAUCAUGAGCUAUGGGUAUAAUAAAUAACUGGAAGGAAAUUAUAAGAUUGUUGAUGAUAGCACAAAGGUGGCUUUCUACCAAGAAAUUUAUGUUAAGAUAUUGGUUUUAAAUCACUUCUG